AUGGAUGUGUGCCCUAGCAUCAGGUGGCUGUUACUAUCAUCUUUUCUAGCAGCUGCUGGUGCUGGCAAGCAAAUCAUAAACCUAUGUAACUGGGGCAUGUCAAAUGAACUCGACCUAUUCGGCUUGUACUAUCUGGCUCUUGGUCCCGUCCAAUCAAUGUGUGACAAGAUGGUGAAGAGAGAUGUGAUCAAUGGAGAUGAGUUAAGAAAACUGAGAAUUGAAGAGUUGAAGAAAGAGUCUCAAACUGGAAGAGGGAGGAGAUUAAAUCUCCCAGAUGGUCCUCGAAGCUUCUGCACAUGA